GCGGGUCAUUGACGUGGCAUGUGCAACGAUUACUAUUCCACGUCCGCCAUUUUGACUCGUCCCAAAGAAUAGGUUACCGAGUAUUUCAUAAUUUUAAAGCAAAAUACUUAUUGAUAACGCACCAUAAAAGGUGAGGACGUGUAUAAGGUAAUAUUGAUUAACGAGCAUUGACCAACAGUAGCUCAAGAUGGGGAGCGUGUUUAGUAGUAUAUUUAAGAGUUUGAUCGGGAAAAAGGAGAUGAGAAUCUUGAUGGUGGGUCUUGAUGCGGCCGGAAAAACCACGAUUCUGUACAAACUUAAAUUAGGAGAAAUUGUCACAACUAUUCCCACUAUAGGUUUUAAUGUGGAGACGGUAGAAUAUAAAAACAUAAGUUUUACGGUGUGGGACGUGGGGGGUCAGGAUAAAAUCCGACCCCUGUGGAGGCACUACUUCCAAAACACACAAGGGUUAAUCUUUGUGGUAGACAGUAAUGAUAGAGAACGUAUCACAGAGGCCCGCGAGGAACUCACCAGAAUGUUGAAUGAAGAUGAACUCAGAGACGCUGCUCUUCUUGUCUUCUGUAAUAAACAGGAUCUGCCAAAUGCCAUGAACGCCGCAGAAGUGACAGAUAAACUAGGCCUCCACAGUCUGCGUAACCGAUCGUGGUACAUCCAGGCGACGUGCGCCACCAGCGGGGACGGAUUGUACGAGGGUCUGGAUUGGCUGUCGAACACGCUGAAGAAUAGUAAACAAUAGCACGCCAGCGCCAUCUAGUGAACGGAAAGAAAGGAGGAUUUAUAAACUGUAUACAUGGGAGGUGACAGAGAGGCCCACAGUAAUGGGGGAGUUAUUUAUUGUGACAAGGAGUUCGUACCUUGUUUUAGUGUUUAACUCUUAGGGGACAUAACAAAAUCGUGACUGAGAUUUCUCUACGUGUUUUAAAUUCUCCGUUAUCUGUGGGCAGAACUUGUCUAAGACACCUUCCUGAUAAUUGAGGUGGUAAUACAUUAUUUUCUGCACUGUUUAGUAUGUUUAUUUUUUUUUUUUUUUUAAAUGUGUGGGUGAUGAAAAAAUGAAGAUGUUAGGGGAAAAAGAUAAAAAAAUUGAUUCUUCAAAUUUGUAUAAGCUGUGUCCUCUCAAUUGACUUCUGUGGAUGUAGGAACUUGAAGUUACACUUGUAUGUGCAUCAAUGUGAUUUCUUUCUCUCUUUUUUCAAUGUGCUAAUUGAAAUAUUGUGUGAGCUACUUGUCAAGCAUUAUUGUGUUACUUAACAUAUUUAACAUGCGAUUAUCUUUUCUAUAAAAAAAAUUUAAUACCCCUAUUUUAUACGAGGGUGAUCUUUUCUUCUCCUUGUAUGCACGGAGUAGUCCGAGAUUUAAUUUCACUCACCUGUUUCCGUUUUUUUUGUUUAGUCCCAGACUGUUAAGAUUAAAGGCUAUGUUUUUUUUCUCUCCACCAAAAAGCAAUGUUUUUUUUUUUUUUUUAAAGGGCUGUCAUUUCUGGGGCAAUAGACCUAUAACUUUUUUGUUUGUUUAAUAUCCAAUACAAGCUUUAAUGUUUUUUUUUUCUUUUUUUCUAGUGGACAAAGUUUUAAAUUUUUUUUUUCUUGGGGAAUUCAAAUGUCAACAUUCCAACACUAUAGCAUUACAGGUCAGACCCAAUUCUUUGAGUUUUCCUAUUAGGUCCGAGUUUUUCUCGUUAGCAUGUGGUGUUGUGGAUGAGAAGAGAGAGAGAGAGCGAGAGUUGGUACAUUUUUGCGAGUUGAUCCAUUGGUAUAUUGCUUCUAAAGCUCUUUGUCAUCAACAUAUCUUCGGGCUCCACUGAAAUGUAUUCAAUUACAGUCGAUAUUUAUUCAUAUAGCCCUGAUUUUUUUUUUGUUUCACUGAAAAUCCAGCGUAUGAAAUUUAACAGUCAUAAUAAUAAUAAUAUUUACUUGUCUUGAGAGCUUUUCUUCUAUACAGAUUCUGUUUUAUAUAUUUAUCAUUUGUGAAUAGACAAGUACUACACAUAAAUAAAAUACAGUUCGUCUACAA